GUCUCUCUGGUGAGUGGGACUGCGGUCUGUGCAGGCGCCUCUCUCGUGAGUGGGACUGCGGUCUGUGCAGGCGCCUCUCUCGUGAGUGGGACUGCACUCUCUGCAGGCGUCUCUCUGGUGAGUGGGACUGCAGUCUGUGCAGGCGUCUCUCUGGUGAGUGGGACUGCGGUCUGUGCAGGCUCCUCUCUGGUGAGUGGGACUGCAGUCUGUGCAGGCGUCUCUCUGGUGAGUGGGACUGCGGUCUGUGCAGGCGUCUCUCUGGUGAGUGGGACUGCGGUCUGUGCAGGCUCCUCUCUGGUGAGUGGGACUGCAGUCUGUGCAGUCGUCUCUCUGGUGAGUGGGACUGCGGUCUGUGCAGGCAUCUCUCUGGUGAGUGGGACUGCAGUCUGUGCAGGCGUCUCUCUGGUGAGUGGGACUGCAGUCUGUGCAGGUUCCCUUCUGGUGAGUGGGACUGCAGUCUGUGCAGGCUCCUCUCUGGUGAGUGGGACUGCGGUCUGUGCAGGCGUCUCUCUGGUGAGUGGGACUGCGUUCUGUGCAGGCUCCUCUCUGGUGAGUGGGACUGCGGUCUGUGCAGGCGUCUCUCUGGUGAGUGGGACUGCAGUCUGUGCAGGCUCCUCUCUGGUGAGUGGGACUGCGGUCUGUGCAGGCGUCUCUCUGGUGAGUGGGACUGCGGUCUGUGCAGGCGUCUCUCUGGUGAGUGGGACUGCGGUCUGUGCAGGUUCCUCUCUGGUGAGUGGGACUGCGGUCUGUGCAGGCGCCUCUCUGAUGAGUGGGACUGCAGUCUGUGCAGGCUCCUCUCUGGUGAGUGGGACUGCGGUCUGUGCAGGCGUCUCUCUGGUGAGUGGGACUGCAGUCUGUGCAGGCGUCUCUCUGGUGAGUGGGACUGCGGUCUGUGCAGGCGUCUCUCUGGUGAGUGGGACUGCGGUCUGUGCAGGUUCCUCUCUGGUGAGUGGGACUGCGGUCUGUGCAGGCGUCUCUCUGAUG